AUGGGUUCCUCUACCGACCAACACGACGAAGCAUACCAGCUCGAGCAUGUCGAGACGCCCGUUACCGUCAAGGCGUACCUCACCUGCGCGUUCGGCGCGUUUGGUGGCCUCUUCUUCGGCUACGACAUUGGCUACAUGUCCGGCGUCAUGGGCAUGACGUAUGUGAUCCAGCUGUACACUGGCAAGGCUGUGCCCGGCCCCAACGCCACCCAGGCCGAGAAGGACGGAUUCGUCCUCCCCUCGGACAUGAAGUCGCUCAUCACUGGUAUUCUCUCUGCCGGCACCUUCUUCGGUGCCAUCAUCGCCGGUGACCUCGCUGACUUCUUUGGCCGUCGCACGACCAUCAUUGCCGGGUGCCUCAUUUUCAUUGUCGGCGUCGUCCUCCAGACUGCUUCGGCCGGAUGGAAGCUGCUCGUUGCCGGUCGUCUGAUUGCAGGCUUUGGUGUCGGCUUCGAAUCCGCCAUCGUCAUUCUCUACCUCUCGGAGAUCGCGCCGCGCAAGGUCCGCGGUGCCCUCGUCUCGGGCUACCAAUUCUGCAUCACGAUCGGCAUCCUCAUCGCCUCGUGCGUCAACUACGCCACCCAGAACCGCAUGGACACGGGCUCGUACCGCAUCCCCAUCGCCAUCCAGUUCCUCUGGGCCCUCGUCCUCGGCGUCGGCCUCUUCUUCCUCCCCGAGUCGCCGCGUUUCUUCGUCAAGCGCGGCCAGCUUGAGCGCGCCGCCAUCUCGCUCUCCCGUAUCCGUGGCCAGCCCGAGGACUCGACCUACAUCAAGGAUGAGCUCAAGGAGAUUGUCGCCAACGCCGAGUACGAGGCCAGCCUCGUCCCGACCGACAGCUACUGGUCGUCGUGGAAGGCGUGUUUCUCUGGUGGUCUCCGCCGCCCCAACUCCAACCUCCGCCUCACCAUCCUCGGCACUGCGCUCCAGAUGAUGCAGCAGCUCACGGGUAUCAACUUCAUCUUCUACUUCGGAACCGUCUUCUUCCAGUCGCUCGGCACCAUCUCGAACCCAUUCCUCAUCGGCCUCAUCACGACCCUCGUCAACGUCUGCUCCACGCCCAUCUCCUUCUGGCUCAUUGAGCGCUUCGGUCGCCGCCCUCUCCUCAUCUACGGCGCCAUCGGCAUGUUCCUGUGCGAGCUGGUCGUCGGCAUCGCCGGCACCGUCAAGCCCAACGACACGACUGUCGCCUCGGCCCAGAUUGCAUUCAUCUGCAUCUACAUCUUCUUCUUCGCGUCGACGUGGGGCCCUGGUGCAUGGGUCAUCAUCGGCGAGAUCUUCCCCAUCUCGAUCCGCUCGCGCGGCGUCGGUCUCUCCACUGCCUCCAACUGGCUCUGGAACUGCAUUAUCGCCGUUAUCACGCCCUACCUCGUCGACAAGGACCGCGGCAACCUCGGCUCCAAGGUCUUCUUCCUCUGGGGCGGUACUUGCUUCCUGUGCAUCCUCUUCGCCUACUUCCUCAUCUGGGAGACCAAGGGCCUCACACUCGAGCAGGUCGACCAGAUGAUGGAGGAGUGUGGCACCGCCCGCCGCUCCGUCGGCUGGAAGCCCUCGACCACAUACGCCGCCAACUCGUACGUUGCGCACGAUGCCAAGCCCAAGGUGGAGGAGCGCGAGUCGGUUUAG